AAUAGGGUUAUACCACUUGCUGCUAUUGCGGUGGUUGAUAUUGAUGUGGUUCAUUGUUUACACAAAAAGGGUCAGAUCUUGUUGAAGUGUUGAUGGGAUAGCGUCCUUAGCUUGUGUACUUUGACAUUAAUCUGUCACCAAGGCACGAGUUCUGUGAAAACCGGAAGCAAGUAUUUUUGAAAGAAGUCGUCUACUCGUGUACUUUAUAAUUUUGCCUCAAAAGGGAUAUGCAUACUGCAACAAGCAGACGUUGUUAGAGGGUGUAACUUAGUAAGCCUGCGAUCUUAAGGAGCGACAUUAUCUACAGGAUAUAUAUGCAUCUAUGAGAGCUUCAUCGUCACGUGCCGUCCGAGACAGACUGAUUCAUCGAUAAAUGUCACGCGGUGGUACCGUACUCAUUAAGGGUCCAGAUUGGAGAUCGUGAUAUUUACGGAAUCCAGAUUGAUUCGAGUGUGAUGUAAUGCAUUAGAAUAUUGGACGGUGCUAUCUAGCGGUCGCAAAUCAAAGCGAACCAUUCUCAGCCAUAUGAUUGGGAAGGAGUUUAGAUAAUGUGUAUUGUGUUGUGGGCUUUACACGUCAAACAUAUUCAGGUCCAAAGAAAACAUCACUUUUUUGCAUGAUUCGGAAAAGAUAUAUGUAUAUAUAUAUAGUGAACAUCCGGUCCUACAUUUUGUAGUUGUUAUAGGUGUUAUGCCAUCAAACGCCACACGCUUUCCUUAAAAAAAGGGAACACGUCUUGCCAUUCAGACUUCCAUGGACUAGUUUGAUUCAACACCAUUACAUAUAAAGUUCGUUGGUGAUAAGGAAUUUUACACUCCAUAAAGAAACAUCAUGGUAACAUCGAUGGAACACAUGGAAAAUGUCACCAUUCUGUACUCGGAAUAUCCUGACAUUUCAAGUAUGUCGUCCCAUUCUGUUGGCAACGUCAGCAAUGGGUCACGGGGAUUCCCAAUGCUCGAGGAUAUAAAUAACUACCACCUGAUUCCCGUGAUGGUGUAUGUUUGUAUUCUAUUUGUUGUUGGUGUACCAGGAAACCUUUUUGUCUGCUAUAUUUACUACUUUAAAUGGACCAAGAAAACGUCCCGCGUGUUCAUCCUGGCUCUAGCUGUGUUUGAUCUCAUCAACAACCUUGUUUCGCUUCCAACGGAGAUUGCUCUUCUGUCUAACUUCCACAACUUCGACUAUCCAGUGUUGUGUAAGGUGUCGAGAUUUUUAACGUUCUCCAUGAACAGCGCUUCCGCUACGGUUCUGGUAGGUAUAGGAUGGGACAGACUUAUGGGGAUCUGCUAUUGGUCGAAAAUGCGACCAAUGAAAAUUCGAACAGCAAAAUGUAUAAGUGCCGGAGCUGUUAUUCUUGCCUUCACUACUGGGUGGCCAGCGCUGUUCAUAUACGGAACGUUUACAAAUCCAUACAAACCGGAACAAAAGACAUGUCUAUAUGCAAAUGAGUAUGUAGGCUCAAUAUAUACAACUAUAUUUGCAUGGUAUGUUUUAUGUUCAAAUCUAGUAUACGACACAGUUUUAGCGGUUCUGUACUUUAUCAUAGGUCGACAUAUAAUGGCUCAUCAAUCCAGCGGCAAGAACGGGUUAGAUAGAUUUGGACCGGUCAGAAGAUCGAGUGCCAUGUCAAAUUCUAGUGUGUGCGAGGAUUUAUAUCUGGCAGAUAAUCUAAUGAUAAAGAACGGUAAAUGUAAGAAAGGGAAAUUUAUAUGGAGAUCCAAUAGUUUUAAUACCAAACAAUAUAACAGUGUUGAGAAUUUAAGAAGGAAUACUAUGGAGAAUCCCAAAUCUCUGAAUCAAUCCAAACCAUUACGUCCUAGUCGAAGUCCCACGUUGUCCAUCAGUCCUAGACCAUCGGCAUUUAGUCAGACGUUUUCAUCCUCAAGCGGAAGUUACGUCACAGGACGCCGAUACAGAACCGGGAAAACAACCACAACGCUUUUUGUCGUUACUUUAGUGUUCAUCAUAUCAUUCGUGCCUUACUCUGUCAUAUCCAUAACGAGGCUAAGUAAUGUAAAAGUAUUCUUAUACCAAAACGCGUCCAUCGUCGGCAAAGUGUUGUAUCAACUUUUCUUACGAACAUAUUUAUUAAGUAGCGUUCUGAACCCUUUGAUCUAUAAUGGGUUUAAUGCUAAAUUUAGGGCCGAGUGUAAACUGCUUAUAAAGACGUCGCUGUGUUACCUAUGUAGUAAGUGUUCAAACCGUUGACGAGAGAAGAGGACAGUGUAGAAAGUAACAUUUGUUUAUGAGGUAAAUUGUAUGUGAAGAGUGGAGCUUGGUACACUGUGACAUGAACGUAUACAAACUCAAAAUGAGGGUGUCCUUGAUGCAGUAACCAUGUCAACUAUUAAUUAAAGAUAUGUGCUUCCUUGUAGCUUUUUAUCUCCUUUUACAAAGAGUACUACCAAAUGAUAAGUGCCAAUUUGGGUCAUCUGGUGGUUUCAUCGAUAAGUAUAUUUUGUAAAAUUGCACCUUUCUGUUAUGCCGUCAUGGAGACCAUCCGAGACAUGAGGGGGAUAACAUCGGGGACAAAUUCCAUAAAUGUCCUCUUUCGACAAAACUGCGUAAUAUUUUGUGGAGAUUUCUUCAGUGUUUUGAUGUGUUGUGUAAUCUUAAAGCUUCGUAAAGCAACACUGACCGACAAAGUUAGCACAUGGUUGAUAUAGUGUUAUCAGCGAUAGCCAUCAGGUCCCGGUUGGACAUAGCUUGGUAAUAGUAAACCAGUGAUUAGGGAAAAGUCAAUUAAAUACACCAAAACCGAGCAAAGCUUAUAUCUUUUCACUGCUAUAAACUGGUUGAAACGUAUUAGAUUAAUGUGUUUUUCGGAUGUAUUCUGAUUUGAAAAUUCUGUUUUUUAAUUGACAACAAUUUUACUAAUCUCUGGUAAAAAUUACCCAACCUUUGCGCAUCCUGGGCCAGAAGGUCUAAAAUGGCAAAUAUCAUGUAAAUAUCUGUUAUUGAUGGUCAUCUGCAGCUUCCCAUGGCUUUGAGACACAAGUGACAGGUGAACACGGACGCAGGCUUUGGUGACAUAACGUUAAGACUUAUUGUUACAUAGUACAACAAGCCAUUAAUAAUCACCUGAUAUACAAUGUUUAAGGUAGCAUAUAGCCUUAACUGUUGAUCCUGAUAUGAGUUAAUUGGAAUAAAGAAUUACAUUGUACGUAUACACUUAUCGGGAUCUAUCUAGUUCAAGUUAUGCAUACACAUUAUGUCGUCGUAAAAUUCACAAGAAAUCCCUGAAUGUAUCUAGUGAUGAAAUUACAUACUGUUAACCAAUUAAGUAAAUGAAAAGUUAGCUGUAUUGUGAUAAAUGUUGUAGACUUUUUGAGGUUGGUUUAUUAAAUGUGCAAAAGCUCUUAAAUUUCUCCACUAAGCUAUUCAGUAUUACAAUAUUCUAUAAUUACAUUUGCUCUGUAUCCUUCCAUUGCAAUGCAUUGAGGAGGCAACUGUUGUUAUGAGACAAUAACAACAUUUGCUUUUGUAACGUUAUCAAUCUCUAUUGUGACGUCAUCAAAUUUCAUUGUUGUCAAGACU